AUGGGAGUGAAAGCCAGCAAGUUCAGCCGGGUUGUGAGGUUUCACAGCCUGAAGCGUUCGAGGGGGGCGUUAAGGGGGCCUUCUUUAAUGCCACCAAGAGGCUAUAUUCCAGUAGCAAUUGGUGUUGAUCAAGAAACGAAACGUUUCAUGGUUCACACCACAGCUUUGUCUAGUGCAGAAUUCGUGCAGCUUCUGUGCAGAUCAGCAGAGGAGUACGGUUUCUGCAAUGAGGGCAUUCUGAGGAUCCCUUAUGAUGCCAAAGCCUUUGAAGAGUGGAUGAGCAGAAGUACUAAACAAAAGAUCAUUCGGGUUCAGCCGAUGAGCCACUCAGGUAGCAUUCGAUUGGCAGGAUGUUUGGCUCCAUGA